CAUCGACCAAUCAAAUGCGACCUUACGGGAAAUCCAGCAUGGUGGAAUGUUACAAAGUUUUGGAAGCAGAAUAUAUUUUCUAACUUUUGAAGCAAUUGACGCAAGGAUCGUGCGAUUCUAUACGAUGAGCAAGUCAGAAUAUUUUCCAUCACAUAGAUUAACUAGAUCUUCAUGUGUGACAAAUCGGUCGAAGGAUACAGUCACUCAAAAUACUGGCAUUGCUAACAGGAUUGCCAGGUCAAGUUCACAGCAUACUGCCAACACCAACAGCAGUGCACAAUCAUUAAGUGGCAAGUUAAGGAGAAAACGUGAACACACUGAAAUAAAAAUUGAAAAUGAAGAAAGUGAAAUUGUCAAUGAUAAUGCUUCAAACACCAUAAACAUCAAGACUGAAUUAAAGGCUGAAGUGAAGAUUGAACCAGGAGUAAAUCAAAUUACAGAGGAAGUGGUUCAGGGAAAUGUUUGGCAACCACCUUUGUGGAAACAGCAGCUUGAUAAUAUUUAUGACAUAAGAAAAGCUUGGGAUGCACCGGUUGAUACCAUGGGUUGCGAUGUUAUAAGUGAUGAAAAUGCAAAACCAGAGGUAUACAGAUAUCAAGUAUUACUUUCUUUGAUGUUGUCAAGUCAAACUAAGGACCAGAUCACAUCCGCAGCAAUGAGUAAAUUAAGAGCACAUGGUUGUACUAUUGACAAUAUUCUCUCUACCUCGGAUAAAAUAUUAGGAGAGCUUAUCUACCCUGUUGGAUUUUGGAAGAGAAAAGUGGAAUACAUCAAGAAAACCAGUGAAAUACUUAAAACACAAUAUAAAGGUGAUAUUCCUUCAACUGUACAAGAUCUCUGUAAACUUCCUGGAGUAGGUCCAAAGAUGGCUUAUUUGGUUAUGAAAUGUGCAUGGAAUCAAAUUGAAGGUAUAGGAGUUGAUACACAUGUACAUAGAAUCUCAAAUCGUCUUGGUUGGGUGAAGAAAACAACAAAACUGCCAGAGGAUACCAGAAAAGCUCUAGAAGACUGGUUACCCAGGGAAUAUUGGACAGAUAUUAAUCAUCUAUUGGUUGGAUUUGGUCAGCAGACUUGCCUACCUGUCAACCCCAAGUGUUCUGAAUGCCUAAACAAAGACAUCUGUCCGUAUGGCAGGUCACAGCUCAGAUACUGCAAGCCAAAGAAAAUUAAGAAAGAACCAGAAAGUAAUGAAGAUCAAUGAAGUUUUAGCUCACCUAAGUAUUAUAUUGUCACCUAAGUGCAGUAACCGGUUGACUACUAUUGAAAUACAAUAGGAGAUAGUUUUUUCUGCACUAACAUGUAGAUGACAAUACAUGUAUGUUAAGGUGAGAUAUUGUGUAGGUGUGUUGGUCAUUCAUUGUUUCUUCAGAUAAACUGACAAUGCUAAACAUAAAUUGUUCCAAGUUUGCUGAACAAGAUGAAACAAAAAGAAAAACCAAAAAUACUUGUAAAACAACAUCUCCUAAACAUCUGUUUUAAUGAACAACUUGGUUCUCUACAAAACCUUUUCUCAAUAGCUUAGCUACUGAACUCUAUCAUGUUCCUCAACAUAUGUAAGCAGAGACAAAAGGUUUGCUUUCAAGAACAUUUCUUCCUUAAAUUCUGGACAGAUUUCAAUGAAAUUUGACACAAGUGAUCUUUGGGUGGUUUAAAAAAAGGAAGAAGAAGCUAUAAUAGGUGUUGUUUAGAAUAAUUUUUCAGUUGUUACACUCGGGUGAGCAAUUAAGUGCCAUCAUGGCCUGCUUGUGUACAUGUAUAUUUCAAUUACUUAUAUAUUUUUCUUGUUUCUGUACAUAACAUUUCAUUGUUUUAUUACAUAUACAAUUCAUAUAUGUUUUUAUAAUUUGUUAAUGGCUUUUCUUCGUCAGAAUUUUAUAUUGUUUUAACAUUGUUGUUGCUCUUUGUUUUACUGUUCGGAAAUGAAAAGAAUGUCUAAAUUUAAAGUAGCUUGAUGCUAGCAGAACAUAAUUAUAGAGAAUAUACCCAAUUUGUUACCAUUUAAAUUAAACAUCAGUGGAUGGAAAAAGGUCCCAACAAUAAAUUAACAAGCUUCUAUGCGAAGUUGACGAACUUUUGUAAGUGAAUAGGAUUGGGACGCAAUAGUUUUGUUAAAAGUCAGUGAUAACAAGUCAUAAGAACAACAUGUUUAUUUUCAGCAUUUAUAUUUUAUGAAUACAAAAUUAAACAUUAUAUAACAAAAGUAUAAUUUUCUGUUGUGAAUAUUAAAUAUCAUAAUUAUUAUGAACUGUCUAAAUAUUUUGAAAGUGGUGGCAUGGCAUCAUAGAGCAAAAUAGUACAUGUAUAUAAAAUUAUUCCAAUAUACAUAUUUAAAUUCAAAGUAAGCUAAAGUUUGCCUUACAAUGAUCAAAAUACCUGAAGUAGAAGAUUGUCUGGAUAAAAAUGUCAUGGAUAAAUAAAAAUUACAAAUCAGCCCAAAUGAUUAUCAUUUUAGUA